AUGGAAGCGUCAUUUGGAUCGGCCAGGAACGCGUACACCCACUCUCUGCGAGGGGUGUGGGAAGAAUGCAGCGACAAGCCGUGGUUAACAAAGAGCGCCUACCGCGCCAUGGUCUUACCGCCGAUCUCCGCCGCGUCCAAAGGACGUACGUCACUCAUCUGACUGUUGGCGUUUCGUGUCAUGAGCCUGGCAUUUUUCGGUUUUUCUGUUUCAUUAUCCUGCGCGGGCAGACGGCUUGGGCUUGUUCACCUGUGAGGCUCCCACUCUUCUCCAUCGGCCACGCAAGUCGCAGAAUCCGUCGUCUCGUUGCCGCUGGGGUACCAAUACAUCUGCUCCAGUCAAGCAACGGGUGUCAUGUGUUUGUCAGUUACCUCGACCGCAGCGAUGCUAGAGCGCCUCUAAUUUGAAGAGGUGAGAUCGACGCGGCCCGAGUAUACUUUUCUGCUAGUGGUACACAGCAGUGAUGAGACCUGGAGGUUGGCAUUCUUGGUUCGCCCCACAGCAGGCGGAUCAAACGACCUCCCGCCGAUCCGCGUCGGCAAUGGGGACGGCCGGUCUCGUGGUGCUUUAGCAGCAUCACUUCGAUGCCGUUGGCUCCUGUGGCUUCGCAGGUGAUGUAUUGUGCCGAGUCUAGGUUACAACGUUUUGUUUGUGGGUCGCGCCCCAGUCCGCGUGUUGCUGAACAAUGAGGACGAAAAUCGAGACCCGAACACCCA